UUAUUUUUUUCUUUUCUUAGAAUUACAGGCUUUUAUUUUAUUUUGUUUAUUUAUUUAUUUAAUUUUAUUUUGCUGGGGAGGUCGCUGGCUGCAACAAAGGGGAAGAGGUAGGCUUUAAUUUAUCCCCGCCCGUCUGGAAGAGUCCUCGGUCUCCGAAUGCUCUCUGAUCCUUAUUUUUAGAGAGAGAAAGGGAGUCUAGAGAGAGAAAGAUAAAGAAAUGAACUUUGUUGGCGAUUCAUACGGAGCAAUGGAGGUUCAGUACAUCCGUAGGCACCACAGGCACCAGACCAGAGAGAACCAGUGUACCUCCGCCUUGGUCAAGCACAUCAAAGCCCCUGUUCAGCUCGUAUGGUCACUGGUAAGGAGAUUUGAUCAACCCCAGAAGUACAAACCCUUUGUUAGCCGGUGCAUCGUGAAGGGGGACCUUGGAAUUGGGAGUGUUAGAGAAGUCAAUGUUAAAUCUGGGCUUCCUGCUACGACCAGCACCGAGAGAUUGGAGUUUCUCGACGACGAGGAGCACAUUCUCGGCGUCAAGAUUGUUGGUGGCGAUCACAGGCUAAGGAAUUACUCUUCGAUUAUUACAGUUCAUCCUGAGGUUACUGAGGACGGGAGAUCAGGAACACUGGUUAUUGAAUCCUUUGUGGUGGACGUUCCCGAUGGAAACACCAAGGACGAGACAUGUUACUUUGUUGAGGCCUUGAUCAGGUGCAACCUCAAAUCUUUGGCUGAUGUCUCUGAGAGGAUGGCUGUGCAGGACAGGACCGAGCCUAUCAACCAAUGAUGGAUCUGGGGGAUGACACGGGAGUUAAUGACUACAGUUAGGCUUUUUGAUCUCAGAUGCUGUCUACAGAUAGGUAGGAUGUCCCUCCACUUUUUAGGAGUUUUUGGCUACACUGCUGGAUUAUGUCUUCGUCUUGUGGAUAUCCUUUCACUCUCUUCUCAUCUGCUCUGGCGUUGCAUAUCUCACCGUGAAAAAAAAAGGUUGCUGCUGGGUUCUUACUUAUCGUGAUGUCCAUACGAUGGCGAGCUUGUUCACAUAGGCUAUUUCUUAAGUGAAAAUAAGGAGUUCUUAUAUCACUUACAAUAUUCAUGGCCAUGGUGCUACCAACUUUUCUAUAACUCUUUAUCUGUAAAUAGUGUGGUUUAUGUGGUACCUGUGGACUGGGGUUUUCAUCUUGUGGGUUGCAGGCCAGGAAAUAUUCAGUGGGAAAACCAGCGCUGCUUUGUGUCGUUUGUUUUGUAUAUACUGCAAUCUUAAUAAAUUAUUUUAAUUGCUUUAA